AUUAACCAAAUAGUCAAAUUAAUUAAUCAUGAUUAAUAACCAUUUGCAACUAUAUCUGAAAUAUGCCAUUUUUUUCUGUAUUUUAUUAACAGAAGGAUUAAUAUAUAUAUUUUGAAUGCCCUGUCCAGCCACAUCACUAUGGUGACUGUGCAAAUGAAGAAACCUGAUUGGUCACCCUGGACUCUAGCUUCCUCUCUCUUGAUGUCUGAGACAGACUUACCGUGUCUUCCGGCUCUUCUGUCAACCAGCAAGUUUGGAGGGGAGGGGAAACAGACACGCUUCAAGAUGCAAACCUUUUAAAGGAUGAGUCACGGGAUUGGUAAACGAGCAAGGGAGAGACUACGGCAGACACAGCUGCAUCGUGACAGAGACGACCUAAGUGCUUUUUAGGAAGAAUAGGGCAUUUGCUGAGACAUGGAGACAGGAGUCUGUCCAAUGGGCAACAACACCAGCAGGUUGUUUAGUACAUUGGCCCAGACGCUGAACAGCACCCCCUUGGACCAAACAGAAGAGAAUCUGAACCCCGAAGACCUGGUUGAGCUUGACCCAGACCUGCUGCUCAGGGAGUGUGAAGAGGCCCUCCAGAGGCGUCCAGCCAGGCCCCACAGAGAUCUGGUAUAUCCCAAGGGAACCGCACGCUGCCGUCACUCUUCCAUACGAGUAAUGCAGUGGAAUAUACUUGCACAAGCACUAGGUGAAGGGAAGGAUGGAUUUAUUCGGUGUCCUCUGGAGGCCCUCAACUGGAAGGAAAGGAAGUACCUGAUCCUGGAGGAGAUCCUCACCCACCGCCCUGACAUUGUUUGUCUGCAGGAAGUUGACCAUUACUAUGACACUUUCCAGCCAAUCAUGGCCAGCCUAGGUUACCAUGGCAGCUUCCUGGCAAAGCCUUGGUCUCCUUGUUUAGAUGUAGAACAAAACAAUGGACCUGAUGGUUGCGCAUUGUUCUACCGCCUCUCGCGUUUCUCCCUACAGACCACAGUUCCUUUACGGCUGUCAGCAAUGAUGCUACCCACCAACCAGGUAGCCAUUGUGCAAAUACUGAACUGCCGGCUAACGGGUCGGCGACUUUGUGUGGCUGUCACACACCUGAAAGCUCGAAGUGGCUGGGAAAGGCUGAGGAGCGCACAGGGCGCUGACCUGCUACAGAGCCUGCGAAGCAUAACUUCCAGGAGUGGCGGCAACCAGGAUCUGGGCGAUCCACUAGUGGUGUGUGGGGAUUUUAACGCAGAGCCUUCAGAAGACGUUUACCGCCGCUUCAGAUCAUCCCCUCUCGGCUUGGACUCUGCUUACAAGCUGCUGAGUUCUGACGGACAGACGGAGCCACCUUACACUACGUGGAAGAUCCGCCCCACUGGAGAAAGCUGCAGCACGCUCGAUUAUAUCUGGUAUACCCACAAGGCUUUGAAGGUGGACUGCCUGUUGGAUAUUCCCACUGAAGAGCAGAUCGGCCCAGACCGCUUGCCCUCGUUUCACUACCCCUCAGACCAUUUAUCACUGCUUUGUGAUAUUAGCUUCAGAGAGGGUUAACGUACGCUGGCAAUCGCAGAAACGGCAGAGCUAAGAGGAGAGCUGCGUAAUUGUGCAAACAUUUCAACAGGACUUUUGAGCAUGUGUAUGUCAGACCAAUUUGCUGCUCUGUGCUUUCAGCUGGUCAUGCUAAAGUGAUUAGAACCAGCCUGCAGCACAAAUGGCAACCAAAAUAGGAACUGAAAUGUAACGUAACUUUAUACAACUUUGAGCUUGCCCCUGCCAGAGGUCGCCACAGCGACUCAAUCGCAUGAUCAGUUUUGGCUUUGUUUUUAUGCAGCAUGGCGCAUGAAAGGCAGAAACAUGUACCAUUACACCAAAAGGGACACACAAUUGAAUAACUACAUGAUCAAGUGAUAUUCGACAUCCCAAAAUGAGGGUCGAGUGCUUGAAAUUGAACACAUUCAGGGGUAUUUCACCUGAACGUUUACUCAAGUUAAGAAGAUGUGAUCAUUAGGACACUGAGGUCGUGAAACCUACGGCAUUUAUCGUUUUUAAUGCACUUAUAAGUCCAAUCUUAUUUCGUGCUAUUAAUUGUUAAUUAUUUAUAUGAAUUAAUUUGUUGGACUUGGCCUGGCUGACAUCAACAUGCUGUAUAUCUGUACAUAUUAUCCAUUAUAUAUUAAUAUUAUAAAAAAAUAAAGUAGUCAUUUUUACCUUUUUGUCUUGUUUUGUAAUAUCAUACAAUGAACUGAGAAGCUUCUGAGAUAAAUUAGCCUGACAUUU